AUGAUGGACGAUUGUUACCAUGAAGAGUUGAAGCACAACACCAAAAACUUGGAUCAGUUGGUAAGAGCUUCUUUGCUGAAUGCUUUGAACUCACUGAAAGGAAUAACAAGAAAAACCGCGUCAAAAAGAAUUGGUCGGCUUUCAGUGUAUUUAUAUAGUGAAAAAGUCGAAUUCUUUUUGGCGCGGCUUAGAUUUUUGGUCAUAAAUGUGACAAAAUAAUAAAUUUUUUUUCAAGAAAUAGUUAGAAUAGUUCAAGAGCUUUACGUUGAAUUAAGUUUUAUUUUUUCCACAAACUUUUUGACCGAUAUAUAACAGUUUUAAGUCGCGUCAAAAAGAAUUGGUUAUCUUUCAGUGUAUUCAUGUAGUAAAAGUGAUCAAUUCUUUUUGACGCGGACUAAAAACAUUGCUUUAUUGAUGUUAAACUUAAUCUUAUGAUUUUAACUUUCAAUUUCAUGAAAAGUGACAUUUUUAAUAAGUGAUAAACGUUACAUUGUAGUCAAAUGCGACCUGCCCGGAUGACUGUGAAGAGCUUGCUCAAGCUGUUUCUAAUACCAACCUCCAGACCGGUCAAUGCGACCCUGAGGUCCGACUACUACUGGAGGAGCAACGGAAGAUCAACAAAGCAGUGAUGGCGUUGGAGGAGGUGGAUAUUGAGGUACCAAAACGAUUGGGCGUUUCUAUCAAUUGUGAUGGUGAAAAGUUAGUGUACGAUGAUACCACGGCUUCGGAAAAUGAAUACAGUUACUUUUUCAAGGAUCUGUACUUAAAGGUUACUCUGAAGUAGGUUUUUAGGUAUAAAACUGCGGUUUUUUGUGAGCUGUUGGUUAUAUUACUUUGAAUGUUGUGGUUUUGGAUUCAAAAUAGCAAGAAUUUUUUUUACAAAACCAAAAAUAACAAGGAUUUUCUUACAAAAAAUGGCAAGAAUUUACUUUACAAAUCAAAAAAUUGCAUGAGCUUUCUUUACAAACUAUAAAAUUUUAAAUGUUCUACUUUUAGCGACGCCGAAGGCUAUGUUGAAGUUCGAACCGACUACCCUACGUCAUACACGGAAUGGGAAGUGGUGGCUCAAGUCCGUUUCUCGACUUCGACCAAUUUCACCAGCUUCAAAGUGGUCGAUGGUGCUGUGUUUAGUUUUGGCAAGUACGACCGACCAGUCCGGCUUGAAAUGGACCAUUCCAAAGGCCAAAUCAAUUCUUCGAUAUGA